AUGGAAAUAUUCACGGCACGAGUUCUUGCUGCAACUACCAAUACAGUGCCAUUGUUCCAAGCAUGUCAAGGAGAGCCAGAACAAGAAAAUAAUGAACCUAUUUUACGUGAAGGUAUAGUGAGUCAGCGCUCAGGCCAUCUCGGAAUCAUCAGUCGUCGAUUUCUGAUGGUAUGCCAUGCCACUACCCUAACGCACAUUGCACAUAUUCAGACUCGUAUCCUCAGCCGUUACCAAAUUUCUCUUGGAGCAGGAACAACUUUUGUCGGUAACGACUCUCAUAAUAUCAAUAAUGGUGCUAAUUCAGCGUCUGGUGGCAGUGGUGGAGGCGAAGUAAAUCACAAGGAAGCGACCGUAGACCACGCUAUUCCUGCAGCUGUAGCCCGUACGAACAUCGGUAUGCAUGUAUUGGCUCAAGUUACUCAUGCAGUUCUACUGGGAAAACCGUUUCUAGUCAACAUGAGUGCAGAUCUUCCACAAACCACACUGCAUGCUCUUCCACAAUUUAUUAUGUUAGAUGCUGAUGUGGCUCUUGUAAGUGAAGAAGAUCUUGGCACUGCCUGUUUAUUUGAAUUACUGGUUGCUCCUCCUGCUUCAACUGAACGCUUGCGAUUUCAAGCCGAUCGCUCAACAGAAUACCUUGCAUGGGCCAGUUUGCUUUUUAAAAUAGUUCAGCCUGCUCGCUCACUACUUCCCAUUGACCAUCAAAUGCAAGUUUGCCUUGUGAAUGAUGCUGAAGAUUCUGCUGCUGCACGUCGCCGGUUAGCAAAAUUCAAGAGUGUUGCUGUCGCUGCAUCUCAAACUCUCAAACAAAGGCACUCUCAAAAUUCAUAUACUCCAUCUAGUCCCAUAUCUCCUGCUCGAUCUACGUCCAUUGACUCGGCUAGAUUUACUCUCAAAUCACCAUCUCAAUCCCCACCUGCUGCCGUUACAACUGCUGUGAAAUCUGCAGUAGUCAGUGAUGUUGGUAAUAAUCCAAAUUUGCCGUCUUCACCAACAUCGCAUGUAAGUUCGCUUGUGUCGAGCACCGUUAUUUCAUCAGCUAUUAGUGGCAAUGCUCCUGCAGCAGAUAUGCAAUACGCGUGGCGACGACCAUUAGCAAUGACGGAAGGUCAAUCGCAAACUGGGCAAACCCAUGAAAGACGAUUGCAGCAGCAGCCUACAAUAAAGCUUCCCCAGUUGCAUCAUCUGUCUAAAUCAUUAUUGCAGCAAGAGUCUGCCGAUCAGCCCUCUGCUCAAAAUCGCCAUCACAGUCGUAUCUCUCAUCCCCAGUAUCCGCUCAAUGCUCCAAGACAUUUGACGUCUAGUCAGCUUGCAGCAUCAAAUAUAAAACCAUCCAUGUCGUUGGAGGAACUAUCCAUCAUUCAUGAAGUGGAUACAGUUUCUACCUCGACUAGCACCCACGGUAUGUCGGUCGUGACUAAUUCCAUCAUAGAUGACAUGCACCCAGAAAUGGUAGCUGCACCUACGAUUGCCACUAUUUCAAACCCCAAUACAAUCACCAAAACCACAGUCAUUACUACUAAACAGGAAUCUCCAACUCUAGCGCUUUAUUCUGACUAUAUUGAUAAGGGAUACGAGCACAAUUCUGAUGUUCGCGCCAUACCCAACUCCAGCACCGUUUACCAAACUACUCAUACUAGCUCAUCUACUUCACAAGUGCCUUUGAGGGUUUUAUCUAAUCUCUCGUCUGCACCAGUUCAAAAAUCAUUGAGCAAUACUGAUGUGAUACAGCCUAAUCACGUUGACAGUAUCGAGGCAUCUGUCAGUAUGGCCAGCAUGUCUUUAGAAAGUCGCAACUCCACUGAUCAACUUGGCGGCAACUAUACCGUCUAUCCGGGCCGUCAUCAAAAAGAAGUUGUAUCGCAACUAUCUGACAAUGCCUUGGAUGAUACGGAUAGUGAUGAUGAUGCCGUUCUUGGUUUGGCGUAUAGGACUCCAACACCACCAAAUAAUUACUCGCGGCGGCAUUCAGCACCACUAUCACCACAGAUUUCACCUGCACCUGUGCUUAAACGCACACGUUGGCCCCCACUAGGUAUCCCUAUCCGAUUGUUCCAAAAAAUCAAAUAUAGGAGCCGACAUGCUCAAGACAUCCCAGAAGUGCAUGUUGAGGAUGGCGGUGCAUUAUCUAGUACAACAGCGUCGCCAUCGUUUUCAUCUGGGCCAAUGUUUCCACGCUUCAAUAGAACUAACCAGGCACAUGAAAACGGGGUAGGUAUUCAUAGACCUGGAGCAUCAGCCUUGCCGGAGCAUGCACCCAUUCCACUUUUACCUGUAGAUCCAUGGUACUUGAAACCAAAGGUACAAGACGAUGAUGCUGUGUCGCAUAUCUCGGAUAACAUGAUGGUAUGGUGCAAGGAAUCUGCCAAAUGGAAAAAGGUUCACAAAGAUACACCUGCCAUUGGACGUUAAUUUUUAAUAUGCAAAAUUAGUAUAUUUUUAAUAAACUCGUUCUAGCUAAAUUGAC